GUUUCCCCUGUUUCGGACCGGUCAGAAAAGCCCAUCUCAGAGCCCCCAAAUCCCUGUGCUAGAGGCGGGCCAGGGCUGCGUGCAGCCUCCCGCCCCGCCCCAGGCUGUGCCGUGCGCGCCGCCGCUGCCGCCCGCCUACCCCAGGGGCCCCCGCCUCCGUCCACCAGUGGGCGACCGCGUCCCCCGCCCGCCCGGGAGCGAGUCCUUGCGCUGCAGCCCCGCCGGGUGGGUUCGGGAGGCCUUCGGAGCGCGCAGGCCAGGGACGCGCGGUGAGCUCCAGGUGUGACCCACAGGGAUCCCGGUGACUUCUCUGCAGACUCUUCGCCAUGACAUCCCACCAAGGACGGGGGGAGUAAAGUGGGAAUCCUUUCCCAUGCCCCUCCCACGGUCGGCUCCCCGAUGGCCUGGGUGAGUGAAGAAAUGCCUAAUGAAGGUUUUAAAAAAAAUCACGCUAGUUUGAGCCCAGCCUGGUAGUAUGCGCUCUUUCCCCCAGCACGUGGAAAGUAGAGACAAGAAGAUCUCUAUGAGGACCUCAGGCCGUCACACAGCGGAGGCAGCCACUCCCCGGGCCCUGUUAGAGCCAUGCUACCUUUCCAGCUCAAGACUCCGUCCUUAUCACUCCGAGGGUCAGAAUCCCGAGUGUUUUCCAGGGCCAGACUGACCGUUAACCUCUGAGAAGCCUGCCGUCCCCACACUGCAGGAAUUCUGAACUCUUUCUAACGUGAAUUAAUGUUUACCCCAAGCGUGUUUGGCUGUGGAUUGAGAGGAUUCCCUCAGGGUGUGUCUGUGUCAUGCGGCCUCGGCCAGAAGACGGACGUGCUCGCUCACAGUGCAGUGGUCGGUCUUCUGAGAGCUGCUUGGCCGGGUGCUGGUGACCUGCUCGUCCCUUCUCUCCCUAGGGUGGACAGGCUGCUCUGACACCAUGGGGAGCUGCUGUAGCUGCCUGGACAGAGACAGCGUGCCACACAACCACCCUACCAAGUUCAAGGUGACAAACGUGGAUGAUGAAGGGGUGGAGCUGGGCUCGGGGGUGAUGGAGCUGACCCAGAGUGAGGUGGUGCUGCAUCUGCACCAGCGGGAAGCCGUCCGCUGGCCUUACCUCUGCCUGCGGCGCUAUGGUUACGACUCCAACCUCUUCUCCUUCGAGAGUGGCCGCCGCUGUCAGACGGGCCAGGGGAUCUUUGCUUUCAAGUGCUCCCGGGCGGAGGAAAUCUUCAACCUGCUGCAGGACCUCAUGCAGUGUAACAGCAUCAACGUGAUGGAAGAGCCAGUCAUCAUCACACGCAACAGCCACCCCCAAGAGCUCGACCUCCCUCGAGGGCCUUCCCAGCCCACUGGCUACACUGUCUCCAGCCUCUCCAAUGGUUGCCCUGGCUGCCCUGGAGAGGGCACACGGUUCUCCGCUGCCCGCAGACCCUCCACAAGCAGCCUGCGACACCCCUCACUUGGAGAAGAGUCCACCCACGCCCUCAUUGGCUCCGAUGAACAGCCCCGGAACCCACGGUUUCCCUUCUUUCCCCUGCAGUCCCACACCUAUGUCAACACACCGACUGGCGAAGAAGACCACCGCAGGAGUCGCCACUGCCUGCAGCCACUGCCUGAGGGCCGGGCACCCUUUCCACCACAGACCCGGGGUUCCACCCAGCGGGACCCACAGGUGUUCUUGCAACCAGGGCAGGUCAAGUUCGUGUUGGGCCCCACCCCUGCUCGCCGGCAGGUGAUGAAGUGUCAGAGCCUCUGCCCCAGCAUGCACGACCCUCCCCACCACAACAACAACAACGAAGGGCCUUCUGAGUGCCCAGCCCAGCCCAAAUGCACCUACGAGAACGUCAGCGGGAGCCUGCGGCCAGGGGCUGGCUGGAGACUGAGCCCGGAGGAGCCAGGGUGGAGUGGCCUGGCCCACCGCCGGGCUGCCCUGCUGCACUAUGAGAACCUUCCCCCGCUCCCCCCUGUGUGGGAGAGCCAAGUCCAGCAGCUGGGCGGGGAGGCUGGGGAUGACGGGGACUCCAGGGAUGGGCUCACACCAUCCUCAAAUGGCUUCCCCGAUGGUGAGGAGGAUGAAACCCCACUACAGAAACCCACCAGCACCAGGGCCUCUUCCCGUAACCACAGCAGCUUCCCUGUCCCGCUGACCCGCCGCCGAGGCUCCCCAAGGGUCUUCAACUUUGAUUUCCGCCGGCCAGGCCCUGAGCCCUCAAGGCAGCUCAACUACAUCCAGGUGGAGCUUAAGGGCUGGGGCACAGACCGUCCCAAGGGGUCCCAGAACCCCUCAGUCCCUGGAGCUCCUGGACCCACCCCACACCCUGCCCGCAGCUCAGACUCCUAUGCCGUGAUUGACCUCAAGAAGACCGUGGCCAUGUCCAACCUGCAGAGGGCUCUGCCCCGAGAUGACGGCACUGUCAGGAAGACUCGGCACAACAGCACCGACCUGCCUCUGUAGACCUGGUCCUCCACCUGCCUCUGCUCCCGCAGGCAGACCUCCACCUCACCCACCAGCCCGGGACUCGGCUGCUCUGCAGAAGACGCUGGGGUGGACCAGAUGUUUCCCUGCACUGCUGGAGUCCCCAAAGAUGUCAGCCCCUGCGAGUCCAGUUCCCAAGCUGGGGAGGGGAGAGGGUGAGCUGGAGAGGAGGGAGCCAUGGUGUAAACUGUGAAGGGUUCCCAAGGUUGCAUUUUGCACCCUUCCCUAAUGUCCAUUUGUCUAGUCUGUCAGCUGUCUGUCUGUGUGUGUUUUUUUCUUUUCUUUUUUCUUUUUUUCUUCUUGGUUGGAGUUUUGAAACAUUUUGUA